CUCAGCAGACUUCUUCAAGUCUCAUCGAAGAAACAGCUUUAUCUUAGAUGUUUCUUCUGAGAGUCAGUCUCUUCUCUUUCAUCUCCCUGUUUAGGAGAUUCACAACCAUUAAACACACACUAACACAUUCACACACACACCUUUGCCAUCUAAACAGGGACUCUUACUUGACAAUAUUUAUUUUUUGACACCCUAAAAAUGAGGAAAUCCCCAAAAUGGAGUAAAAAUUUACACCAUAUUUAUCGAGUUGAUUAAGAAUUGCAAACAUUUCUAAAAUGCUUUUAUUCAUUAUUCCAAAUGCAAAUGAGGUGUUAUCUAAUUAAAAAUGCACAAAUCUGCAUACAUUUCCAGAAUAUAAACCUGAACAUUGGAUAAAGACAGAUUCAUAAUUCUUGUCUGAUUUUUAUUUUUUACAUAUUACAGGUUUUUACAGAGGGGAUUCUGGAUUUCUCUUUUUAUCUCCCUAUAAAUCAGAAAAUACUGUCAACAGACAGAAAACAAAUACAUUUCAUGUUUUUAUGUGUACUAUAAACCAGGUGAAUGAUGAAAACACCUUCAAAAUAUAGAUGUGAAUAAAACUGUACAGUUUGGUGUGUGUUAAUCUGCUGAAGUGGAGAUUUUUGGCUCAAACUCACGGCCUUUAAAGAGAUCUACUGUAAUUGAAAUCUACAUGUGCAAACAGAUAAAGUGCAAUGGAAUAAACACUUAAAUGUGUAUGUUUUCUUUCCAUUAGUUUGAAAGAAGACAUGUUAAAGAAGCAAAAUAGAGCAAAACCUAAAAAAAAUAAACCACAGAAGGGAGUUUUUCCCUCCAGGAAAACCAGAGCUGGGAGGAGCAGGAGGAGAGAUGAUCCUGAUAUCAGUCUGUCCUAAACAAACACAAACACACAAUCGCACAGACAUCACUACAUCGACAGUGAAAAUGCCACGUCACGUGAACAACCCAUUUUCCUCUCUUCUGCUCACAGCUGUGGUCAGUUUGUCUGCAGGAGCUCUGCGUCAGUAUCACGUUGUGAAUCAGAACCUGCGCUGGACUGAAGCUCAGAGAUACUGCAGAGAGAAAUACACAGAUCUGGUCACAAUCAACAACAUGCAAGAUCAGAAUGACAUAGAGCAGGUCAUAAAGAGAGGGAAGCCUGGUGAAAACCGUGGCUGGAUUGGGCUGAGGAGCACUGACACAUGGAUAUGGUCUCUGGAUGACUCCACGUUCUACACGGCAAACGAGUCUCAGUACAGGAACUGGGAACCAGGACAACCACAAGGAGAUGGAGACUGUGCUUUUAUGAAAACUCAAGGAAAAUGGCAUGAUAUAACCUGUAGUACCUCAAUGCGUUUCAUCUGCUAUAACGCCAGUAAAGGAUUCGUCCCUGUACAGGACCUGAAGAAUUGGACUGAAGCUCAGAGAUACUGUAGAGACAAACACACAGAUCUGGCCAGUGUGAGGAAUGAGAGUGAGAAUAAUCAGAUUAUGCAACUAACUUCACCUAAUGAUACCUGGAUCGGUCUGCACAGACUCUGGGUUUGGUCAGAUAACAGCACCUCCACAUUCACACACUGGAAACCUGGUGAACCUGAUAUCAAAGAGAACAGACAUGAUAUCUGCACCUCGAUUGAUACACAGCAUAAGGAUGGAUGGAUAGAUGAUCCUUGUACAAAUCUUUAUCACUUUAUGUGUUAUGACGAUAAACUGGUUCUGAUCAGACAGAAUCUGACGUGGACAGGAGCUCUGAACUACUGCAGAAACAAUGACAUGGACCUGGUGUCGGUGUUCUCGGAGGACGUCCAGCGUCGAGUGGAGAACGUGACCGCGAGCGCCUCCUCCCCUCACGUGUGGCUGGGUCUCCGUCACUCCUGUGUGGUCGGCCUCUGGUUCUGGGUGAACGGUCAGACCCUGUGCUAUGAGCAGUGGGCUGCGGGUUACGGCACCGGUGAGGAAGACUGCAGUACGACAGUGAGAUCCGGAGCCAUUCGGACCGGAGACCAGCGCUGGGUCAGCCUUCCUGAAACUGACACAAACAACUUCAUCUGCAUCAAGUGAGAGAGAGACUGACCAAUGAAGAUUCAGUCAAGCUGUCUGGAGUCAAAUUAUCUUCAUUUCAAGUCUAUAUAACCUUCACUUUUCUGAGAUUAAUUCAUGUGGUGAUGGGUACAAACAUUUACUGUGUUUUCUACAUUUUGUUUUACUAUAUUUUUUUGCACUAAGCAUAUAUUCCGCAGAUAUUUCGACUGUCAAAUAUGUGCAAGUGGAUGUGUUUCUCUGUUCAAACACCUUCAUAAGGAUCGCAUUAGUUAAGCUAUGAGCGUGUUAGGCACCGCCAUGUUAGUUUGCGCCGCUGUUCAGAGAAUCGGAUCUGUCGGAUUUAAAACACACAAAUUCAUUCACUUCUCCCGAAAUACAUGAGAGUAAGUGAGCCGGUGAACUGGGAGAAGAAUAUGAAUAUGGCAGCUGAUCACAUGAUGCACUGAAUGUUCUAAUCACACCGUGUGAUCGUAUGCAUCAAAGGGUUAAUAUAAUUUAUAGCGACUCAGAAGUGUGUUAGUUUUGCCCGAGCAUCACUUGAGCACAGAUGAUACUUGUUCUGAAUGAAAUUUAGACAUUUUUAAGUGUCUGAAUACUUUCUGAAGCUGCUGUACUUCCUUUCUAUGAACAAUAUCCUGCAUCAACUACACAUUAAUAUGGGGUUUAUAAUUAUCUGAAUAUCUGUCUACAUAUAAACAUAUGCUUCUGUACUGGAUUUGUGUGGGUUUGUGAUUUAUACUCAUUUGUAAUGAAAUAAAGCUUUGGAAGAAAUUUAAUUUGACAUUGAUGUCUUUUGUCUGUGAAUCUGAUGUGUUUUAUCUUUCUCACAUUGAAAAUAUGAUUUUUUUUGUGUUUUUUUACCCAUGCAAAAAUCAUAUGACAAUUUUUUUAAUACAGUUAAGCACAUUUAGUGUCUAUAUAUUGUAAUAUUAAGAUAACUGUUAUGCAAAAAAGUUGUCGAGUAGUCCACAAUAAUAAAUAUAAAUUAUGGUAGAAUUUGUUGUAUUUUACAGUGAAAAUCAACAGGAACAUUUUCAUGAAUAUUCAGUUUUUAUAGGGUUGAGAAUCUUGAAAACAACUUCAUUAAUGGUAUAAAACACAUCUUUUUUAUUUUGUCUUUUUUCCUGAGUUUUAAACACAAAUGUGUCCAACGGUUUAUUAUCCAAAUAAGUGUUUGAGAAUCAAAUGAAGGUUUCCCUCUAAUAAAGGAAGGUCACAGCACAUUUUUACGGUUUCCUGUGGCGUGUUUUGGCGCGUUCUCCCGCCGCAUUACGUCAACAUCAUCAGUACAACGUCCACGAGGCGCGCGUCUGGAAAUGUGAGCGUGAUCUAGAAAUAUCUGCUCUUCAUGAAAUCAGAGGAACACGUCUCGUUGCCCACACUUCCUGAAGAUCUCACUUUCAAAUAAAUCUGCCCACUAAAGUCUGAUUCAAAAACACACAGGGGAAAUUAAAAUGUCUAUAUUAAACUUUGUUAUUAUUAAAAUUCCUAUCGGUGUCAUGAAACAAGCUAAAUUUACAUAAUAAAGGUCAUGAGCGUUCAUCUCCGUCUGUGGCUGCACACACACACACACACACACACACACA